AACGAAACGCCUUUUUUUUGUCAGUCGGUUUUAUUUCUUGUAAGAGAAUCAUUGGUCCAAGUAAAUCAAAAGGUUAAUUCUUAGAUUGAAAAUGGGCUUGGAUUGCUGUUGUAAAUUUCUCAAAUUCAUCGUUUUUCUUAUCAACAUUUUAAUAUCUUUUGUAGGAAUUGCAGUGGUAGCACUUGCAGCAAUGGUAUUUGUUAACAUCGCUGAAGUAGAUCCUACCAAAGAUGACGAAUACACCAUGUUCUUUAAGAUUUGUGUCGUCGUUAUCGCCAUGGGCAGCUUGCUGACAAUUGUCGGUUUCAUCGGGUGUUGUGGGGCAGCCUUCGAGAAUCAGUGUCUUCUGGGGACAUUUGUCUUUCUAAUGAUUGGUGCCUUAGCAUUGGAUGUGGCCGCAGCCAUCUUGGUUAACAACAUUAACAAAGACACCAUCAAAUUGGAAAUGGAAAAAAUUGUGAAAGACAUGUUUUCGAAAUUGACGGAAAAGGCCGCCCAGGAACAGGCCAACAUCUUUCAGUCAGUGUUUAACUGCUGCGGAUCUGAAAGCGCCAAUGAUUGGAAAAAAGCAGCCAAUUUAGAAAUCCCGGCCUCUUGCUGCAAAAAUUCGACAAUUACGUGCAAAGAUGCAAGCAGUAAAUCUUCUAACGACUUGUUUAAAGAAAACUGCGUUUCAGCGACGAAAAACUGGAUUACUGAAGUCAUGAAAAAUUCACCGAUGGUACUAGCGAUUGUUGGAAUAAUCGAAUCUUUUGCUCUGAUCACUUCCCUAGGUCUCUGUUGUUCAAUUCGAAAAGCGGGCUAUUGAAUGUUUCAAUAACAAGAUUUGCUUUUUUCUUUAUCACCUGCAUGCCAUUAAUAUGAUUUCCUUCCAAUCCGACAAUCCUAAAACAAAAAAAAUAAAUGAAUUUAUCUUAGUCAACAUUCUUUUCGUAUGAAUUUAUGUAAUGCAAUUUUAUUGAAAAAGUAAUACAUCAGAUUUCAAUCGUC